UCUUCGCCCCUUUCCAAAAUUGCUUCUCUCAUCAAUUCCCCCUUUUCUCUUCUUUUGAAUGUCUCUUUAACCCAACCACACCAUUUUUGCCACAUCCACGCCUACACCAAAUACCCCCUUCCACGCCACAUCAACUAACUAAACUCCAUUUAAUAACAUCCAUUCUAGAAAAAUCAAAAACACAAAAACCAUCAAUUUUCACAAACUUGGGACUAAUAAGAGUUUAUGUUAACUGAGACACCCAAUUCAACCAACUAAUACCACAUUCACACCAAUUCUCACCAAUUCUCACAAAUAUCUCCUCACUGCAACAUUAACAACAAAGUAUAAUACAGUAUUUUAAUUACUCACCAUUAAUUUCCCAAGUGAAAAUCAUCAUGCUUCAUGCUCAUUUAUUGCAAAGAAUUUUGUGGCUCUCCCUCUUCUCAAAAUUCCUUCCUUUUAAUAAUUGAGAUUUCAUAUUAGGAUACAACUUUUACUUCCCCACACCACUCUUUCUCUCUCUCUCUACUCCAACUCCUUGAUGCCUAUUUUAGCAUCAGCGUUGUUGCCUCCAUUCUUCUUCUUCUCUUAAUGGGUUGCAUUUACUCGCGAGUCUGCAUAGGCGACAAUUGCAGAGGCUCAAGCAUCAACGGAGACCCCAUUAUCGCCCGAAACGACGUCGCCGAAGUCGCGAAUUUCUCCCCUUCCUCUUCGGAUGUUGAAGAAGGCGAAAUCAGAGACCAAUUGAACCAAUUGAGCAUCACUCGAGACUCCGAAGCUGGAAUCCGGAGACUUGCUAGGGUUUCCGCGCAGUUUCUUCCACCCGACGGUUCCCGAAUCGUUAAGAUUCCUUCCGGAAACUUCGAAUUGCGAUACUCGUUCUUGUCGCAACGAGGUUACUACCCCGAUGCACUCGAUAAAGCUAACCAAGACAGUUUCUGCAUCCACACACCUUUUGGUACGAGCCCUAACGACCACUUCUUCGGUGUCUUCGACGGCCAUGGCGAGUUCGGAGCUCAGUGUUCUCAGUUCGUGAAGAGGAAACUGUGUGAGAAUUUGCUCAGGAACUCCAAAUUCCGCGCCGAUCCUGUUGAGGCUUGUCACGCGGCGUUUUUAGCGACGAAUUCGCAGCUGCACAAUGAUGUUGUUCUGGAUGACAGCAUGAGCGGGACGACGGCGAUCACGGUGCUGGUGAGAGGGAGGACGAUAUACGUGGCGAAUUCCGGCGAUUCAAGGGCGGUGAUCGCGGAAAGGAGAGGGAAGGAGGAAGAAGUUGUGGCCGUUGAUUUGUCGAUUGAUCAGACGCCUUUCAGGAGUGAUGAGCUUGAGAGGGUGAAAAUGUGUGGGGCGAGGGUUCUUACUUUGGAUCAGAUUGAGGGGUUGAAGAACCCUGAUGUGCAGUGUUGGGGCACUGAGGAAGGUGAUGAUGGUGACCCUCCGAGGUUGUGGGUGCCCAAUGGGAUGUAUCCGGGGACGGCGUUUACGCGGAGCAUUGGUGAUUCCAUUGCUGAGACUAUUGGGGUUGUGGCCAAUCCUGAGAUUGUUGUGUUUGAGCUCACGCAGGAUCACCCUUUCUUUGUGCUGGCCAGUGAUGGGGUCUUUGAGUUUCUCUCUAGCCAGACUGUGGUUGAAAUGGUUGCAAAAUUUAAAGAUCCUCGUGAUGCUUGUGCUGCAAUUGUGGCAGAAUCUUAUCGGCUCUGGCUGCAGUAUGAAACUCGUACAGAUGACAUUACAGUCAUCAUUGUGCAUGUAAAUGGGCUAACUGAAUCUGCUGUUGGUCAGUCAGCAAGUUAUGGUGAUGUUUUGCGAAACCCUGUGCCUCAAGUUGUAGAGGUGACAGGUUCAGAAUCCCCUUCCACCUUUGGCUGGAGCGCUAGAAACCAUCGCGUAAGGCAUGAAUUGUCAAGGGCACGCCUCCGAGCACUUGAAAAUUCCCUAGAAAAUGGUCAAACCUGGGUUCCUCCAUCCUCAGCCCAUAGAAAGACAUGGGAAGAAGAAGCACACAUAGAGCAGGCGUUGCAUGAUCAUUUUCUCUUCCGAAAACUUACUGAUUCUCAGUGUCAUGUUUUAUUGGAUUGCAUGCAAAGAGUGGAAGUCCAACCUGGGGAUAUUAUAGUCAAACAGGGUGGUGAAGGUGAUUGUUUUUAUGUUGUUGGUAGUGGAGAAUUUGAGGUCUCGGCGACUCAGGAAGAAAAAGAUGGGGAGGCACCUAGGGUUUUGCAGCACUACACAGCUGAAAAACUUUCAUGCUUUGGAGAACUUGCUCUAAUGUACAAUAAACCCCUCCAGGCUUCUGUAUGUGCUGUUACAAAAGGAACUCUUUGGUCUUUAAAACGAGAAGAUUUUCGAGGGAUUUUAAUGUCAGAAUUCUCUAACUUGUCAUCAUUGAAGUUGCUUCGGUCUGUAGAUCUCCUCUCAAGGUUGUCAAUUUUACAACUCAGUCAGAUUUCUGACUCCCUUUCUGAAGUUUCCUUCUCAAAUGGGCAGACAAUAAUAGACAAAAAUGAAGUCCUUGCAUUGUACAUUAUCCAAAAGGGACGAGUGAAAAUCACUUUGGAUUCUGAUUUAUUGUCUUGUCCAAAUGCCUACAGCCUCAAGCCUGACAUCCAAAGUGAGGAUGAUGUACAGAGCGGAAAAGAACUGUCAAUAGAGAAGCCUGAGGGAAGCUAUUUUGGUGAAUGGGCCCUUCUUGGUGAAAAUAUUGGUUCCUUGAGUGCUGUUGCUGUGGGUGAUGUUGUAUGUGCUUUACUAACAAAGGAAAAAUUUGAAUCUGUUAUUGGCUCCUUACAAAAGAUUUCUCAGGAAGAUCACAAGUCAAGGGAUUAUUCUAGAAAUUAUGAAUUUUCAUCCCUCGAUAAGGUCCAGCUCUCAGAUUUGGAGUGGAGAAAGACACUAUAUUCCACUGACUGCUCUGAAAUAGGGCUUGCAAAUUUUAGAGAUUCAGCAGAAAAUUUGCUUACUUUGAAGAGAUUUUCUAAGCCAAAGGUGAAAAAGCUAGGAAAGGAAUCACAAGUCUUUAAAGAGAGAGAUUUGAUUAUGGGUAUGGGCUCUUUAGCCUGUACACCACAGGUUUUAUGCACUUGUGCUGAUCUUAUGUAUGCUGGAAUACUUUUAAAUACUCGCCUUGCUUGCCCUUUGUCUUCCAUACUUUCAAGUCCUUUUAGUGAAUCAGCAGCGCAGUUUUGUGCGGCUUCUGUUGUUACUGCCUUAGAAGACUUGCACAAGAAUGGGGUUCUCUACAGAGGUGUGUCACCUGAUGUUUUGAUGUUGGAACAGACAGGACAUAUACAGCUGGUGGACUUCAGAUUUGGAAAACAGCUUUCAGGUGAGAGAACAUUCACAAUUUGUGGGAUGGCAGAUUCACUGGCUCCAGAGAUUGUUUUGGGAAAAGGCCACGGUUUCCCUGCUGACUGGUGGGCGUUGGGAGUUUUAAUAUAUUUUAUGUUACGUGGUGAGAUGCCAUUUGGAUCAUGGAGAGAAAAUGAACUUGAUACAGUUGCCAAAAUUGCAAAAAGGAAGCUACAUCUUCCCGAGACUUUUAGCCCUGAAGCUGUUGAUCUCAUCUCCAAGCUACUUGAAGUGGAAGAAAACACUAGACUUGGUAGCCAAGGUCCUGAUUCUGUCAAGAAUCACCCAUGGUUUAAUGGUGUUGAAUGGGAAGGGAUUAGAAACCACACCUUUCCCGUUCCACAGGAAAUUAUUUCUCGUAUAACACAGCACUUGGAAGUUCAUUCUGAGGAUUGUAGUACUGGUUAUCUGGGUUCCCCAUUACAGGAGGUAAAAGAACUUAAUGUGCCUGAAUGGCUUGAGGACUGGUAGAAGAAUCACCAUUACGUUUUGUCUUCUUUUUGAAGUUUGGCUCUGCACCAGUAUUUACCUUUGCUUAUUUGGACAAAUUGCAAUCCAAGAAUGCAGUUAACCAGAAAAUGCAAAGAGAGCAAUAGAUGCAGAAUUUCCCUAUAGUUUGAAUAUUUUAGUUGCAAAAUGGGUAGGGUAGGUUUAUUAUCUUCUUCAUCUCCUCCCUUUUCUAAUUUAUUUUUGGGGGUAAUUUCCCUCCUCUGUAAAUAUUAUAUAUGUGUAAAUGAUUGAAUUUCUUUUCAUUUUCAAUUGCAAUUCAAGCAAUUUAGUUUUUUCAUGGAAUAAUAUUCAUAUUAGCACACAAAAUGUAAUCUUAUUUUUGUUCUUCCGGAA